AGCGAGGAGAGGUCCUUUAAGUAUAGCUCACAAUGAAUGACAACAUGAGACGGUGAACUGAACACCUAUCAAAACCGACACCACAGUUGAAUUCUUUACUGAAGUAUUUUUGUUGUUGCACCUGUAAGAAUUUCUUGUUCGUAUCUAUACGUACCUCGUCUUGGUGUCGUGGUUCGCCGCACAUUUUUCAAAUCAACCGCAGAGCUCUCAAAGGUUGUAAACUCGGAAACGUACUACAGCGACCAAAGGAACGAACAAAACUUUUGAAUAAAAAAUGCCCGAGUCCCGCGUGAACCCGGCACCAGAUCCUGCGCAUCUGCUGAGUGCGGAGCUCCCGAAGUUGGAGCUGCCGAAGGAGAAUGCAGAUGUUGGGGCAGUGGAGAAUGUUUUUGGCAGUAAACAAGGCGAGAACAUCUUCAAUGCAGGUGCUGGCGGGGAAAAAAUGGAGCAGCCGGGAAGUAGUAACGCAGCGGACUUGAACAAUGAGUUUUCCGGUGCAGAUGGAGGAGAAUUCCUCCUUCCAAACGAAGUCGGAUUGUUUGACAACGAGGCACAACUUCAGCCGCAACAAGAGGAGGAAGACGCACCGGAGCCGGUGAAUCUGUAUGUAUGCAUUGCAAAAAUCACGACAUCGCAAUCUGGAUCUCGUCGCAUAAGGAAAUUCAAGUUUUCAUCAAUAUGUUUGAAUCUCGUAUACUAUAACUAUGAAGAAAUUCAAAUUUUCAUAUGUUUGAUUCUGCAUGUUAGCAGCCCUUUCGAAGUUCUUUGCUUGGGAGACUUUGUCAUGCGUUACUAUUUCAUACCGUUGCGAAGUAAAUAUGUUUGCAAUGCAUGGCAUGAUGUGAUCGACGAGCUUGACUUGGCCGCGAUGUUAGAGGGUGACCAAAAAAUGCUGAAGACGGAACAGGUAAAGUACUAUAUCGCUUUACAGGAUGUUGAUAGACUACAUAGCUUCAUUUUUUAAGGAAGAGAAGGAGAAGGGGGCUAGGGCUUGUUGAUGACGCAUUGAGUUUGACGAGUUGAUGUCCCAGGAGGUGCUUUUCACCACUACUUCUUCACUGGUAAUUCCAAUUCGAUUUCCAAGAAUUAUUAGCAUAACUCCCACACGACAACUUUCCCCAUGAAAUAAACCGAUCAGAUUCUGCAGACGCUGACCGACACUUUUAUCUCCUCCGAAGUGCUGGUGGUGUCGAAAAUUGUAUGAGAUUGCGCAGUAUGCAUUGCAAGAAUGUCUGGGUCUGGAACAUGGCAACUUGUCAUGCCAAGUCUGAAUCAUGCAAAAAUCUGUAUUGCAUGACUCCCAAAAGCUGUCCACUUUUGUCCAAGUUGGGAGGCAGUUUCUCAUGCAGGAAAUGCAUGAUCUGUCAUGCUACGUCCUUCAUUCCAGACCUCAUAGGUCAUGUAAAACCUGCAUGACAAGCGUGCAUGCUUCCAGACCCAGACACUUUUGCAGUUGAUACGCAGCUACUAGAAGUUCCACAUAGGCUCUUAUUCUUUGGUGUGGAGGACGAGGAGGUCGUGUAAAAUAAGUGCUAGAAUUUUAUUCUCGUCACUUCUACUGUCUUUGCUCUUUGGCAAACGGCACUGGUAGUUUGUAUCCGACAACUUGGUUCAACAUCUGGAAGCCCAAAGAGGACCGGCACGAGAGACCGACCAGUCAGUGUGUCGUGAAGUAGAUCUUCAAUGAAUUCAUCUGUGUGAUGAAAUUGAUGUCAAGAAGCAGAACACGAAGCUGAAAUAAGUAACUCGGGGUGUGGGACGUCGAGUUGUGCAUUCUCAUACAUUGGAAACCGCGUGCAAGAGGUGAUUGAGGAAUUUGGGUACCAAACGAAAGCCAAUGUCCUGGCGAAGAAGUUGAUCGCGAGUUGGAAAGGUAUGAAUUUAUCUAGAGAACGGGGGUCGGGGUGCUGGAUGAUUGUUUAUACGUGUUUUCUUUUGCGAGGAGAUUUGCAUCCAUUUGGCAGCUGCUCCUUUUCCUCAUACGUUUUUUCAUGCGGAUCCGGAUGCGCAAGAACAGGCGUCGUAAUGCAAUGAAAAUGAUGCGUCAAAAACAUGAAGAUAGUAGGCGCAGUUUUGAGUCCUCUCUACUUUCACCAAAUGUCUUGCAUGAAAAACCACACGACAGACACUUCUCCCAACGACAAGCCGCGUCCAUCGGCGCAGGUCGCGUACUUUGACGGCGAACUGGAGAACGAAGCUGGCGAGCUGGAGAAGGUCUGCGUGUGGCCCGACCUGAUUGGCGGGCCUAGCUCCAAAAACAAGAUGAAGCAGGCCGGCGCUGGUGGGGAGAACAAGAUGAAAAGCAAGAAGCCAAAGGAGAGAAAGGCAAAAGGUGCAAACAAGCCGAAGGCGAACAAGCAGCCCAAGAAACAAGCGAUGAAGAAGAAAUCCGAUCUGGCGCUGCCGGAUCUGAACUUCGAAGCCGAUGAAGAAGAGGGCGGCUCUACGCCUAGCCUGACCAGCGAGGACGAGGGUGAGGAGGAAGAUAUGAAUUGCAAAAGUAUCCGUAUCGUACUAGUUGUAAAUCGUAUUACAAAUUUUCUCAGCAUGAUACAUGGAGUUUGUCAUGGUGAUUUUCCUUGAGAGUUAAAAUUUGUCGUGCAUAAUUGCGAUUACUAGUACUACGGGCGGGAUACUUUUGCACUCUAUAGAAGAUGGAUACAAAAACCCGGACUUACCGGAGAAGGAAGAGAAGAAGGAGCUGGCAAAGCAGAAAAAAUAUCCCGUGCAAAAGUAUCGUGCUUAUUCGUAUUGAAAAUCACCCUCGACGCUGGUGCAAUGAUGCAUGAGAAGCCUCCUUCCCAUAAGUAAAUCAGCAUGACAAACUACGCAGGACGAAUUUUGUUUGUGAUGCAAUUCCUACUAGAACAGUGGAGUGCUUUUGCGACGCAUAAGAAAAAGUUGGCCCGGACGAAGACGAUGGAUGGCAGUGACGAGGAGCAAUUUGAGUGGGACGUAAGAAAAAUGAAUUGAGAAUUUAAAAUUUAGCGAGCUUAUUUGACGUGGUACAACGAGUACGACGUAUUGGUUGUGAUCCUGCAUGUAAGUAUUAGGUAGUUUAUUUUCUAUUCUUUCCACUAUGAAUGAAUGAAUCUUGAAUGCCAGCGGCAAGAGGCGACGCCAACGGCAAACUCCCCCCUGGUGGCCGGGCACUGCUAAAGCGGGCGGUGAAACGUCACUAGGGGUGUAGGAGUUGGUUUACCACUACUACAGAAUCAUUUACCACUGAGAAUUACACUACAGUAUGUGAGAGGCUUUACCGCUCACCUUGAGAAGCGCGCGCGUCAUUCUAUUCUUUCCACUACAGAAACUAACACAUCUGCAUAUCAGCAUGAUGUGGAAUUAUCGUGCACCUGUAUGACAGAAUGAGCAGCAGGAUUACGACAUGAAACAAAAUGAAUUUCAACACAGAAACCGGACGACAAAUCGGCGGCAGGCGGGGCCGCGCAGUCAUCCAAGCAUGUCCCCCUGAGUAAAACGGAAAAAGCGACUGGAGGGUUGUUGAAGCGCAGGACCCGCAAGGUCGUUGGUGGAGCUGCUGCGGGGAGCAAGAACGAGGAGGGGGUAGAGGAAAACAAAAAACCAAACACGAAGGGGAAAGGAAAGGAAAAGAAAGUAUUGCAGUGUUUUUCGAUUUUAUGCUGUCAAACUGAUGUUGAACUUAGCGCGGCGUUGUUUGAUACUUGCAGUGCCAGUGCCAGGUAGUAGCUUCUGCCAUACUACCAGGCACUUCUCCUGAAUAAAUUCUAAAAAAAGCUUCUACAUAAUUACCAGGCCACCAGCAAGGAGUCCUCCGCCACCUCCAGCAAGGCAAAAGUCGAGGACGACCUCGAAGUUUCUUCCAAGUCCAAGAGCAAAAGCACUACCUCCAAGGUCGCCAUGAAGUCCUCCACCGGCGCGGCCGCGGCCAGUGGAACAAAGAAAGGCUCGAAGGAGUCAGCAUCCUCUACUUCCGGAGCCGACAAAAACUACACGACCCUGGACGCCGACGUUCUGCUCGCGGAGGACCAGGAUGAUCCGGCUUCCUCGAGCAAAGCGAUGAAACGGAAAAUGAACAACAACUCGAAGAUGAGCAAGGUGGGACAACAAGAUGACUAUGCAAUGCAAAAGCAUCGUACUCGUAAAGUAAUUGCAGUUAUGCAUUACAAAUUCAGGUAUUAAGGUAAAUCCGCAUUACAAAUUCCAUUUCUAAUGCUGAGAAACUUUGUAUUGCAAUUACUACUAGUACGAUGCUUUUGCAGAGGAUAAUGACAGCGAACAGAUGUCAUCUCCUAUCGCGGAAAAUAAACAGAAACAGGAUGCAGCAGCUGAGAUGAAGCAAGCGAAAUCCAAAUCGAAAUCUACCAACGCGAAGAUCGAAGCGUCUGUUGCGGCGGAAAAAAGCAAACAGGAACAAGAGGAACAAUCGAACUCUGACGCAGCUGGUGAGCCGGCGUCGAAGAAGCGGAAGAUGACAAAAUACCCAGUGCAAAAGUAUCGUACUCGUAGUAAUUGCGGUCAUGCAUUACAAAUCUCGUUUCCAAGGCAAAUCAGCAUGACAACUUGCGUUUGUCAUGCUGAGGGAAUUUGUCAUGCCAUUUAUACUAGUACGAUACUUUUGCACUUCAUACAAAAGGUGCGGGAACUGCAAAAGCAAAAGGCUCUAGUACGACCUCCGCGGGAGGUGGAGCGAGUGCGAGUGGAAAGGUGAGCAAGCAAGCGUCAAAGCAGUCGUCGAAGAUCAGUGUGGAGAAGGAGCAAGAAGCUGAACCAGUGGAGAAAAGCGCCGCUGGUGCGACCUCGUCCAAAAUCGCGAAAUCCAAAAGCAAGGAGCCCGCUUCUGAUGCAGUCGUGUUGAACAAAAAAGCAAGCAAAGCCUCCACGAUUUCCGCCUCGUCGAGUGUAGCAGUAGCCGUGAUGAAGAAAGAUCUCCAAGAACAACCAGAACAACCGGAAAAGUCCAAGUCGAAAUCCUCAAAAGCGCCGGCGAUGAAACAAGCCCCCGCGGCCGCCGCUUCCUAUCAAAUGCAAAAAUGUCUGGGUCUGGAAGGUUGCAACUUGUGACGCUGUCUCUGGAAGGUAAAAAAGAUCUGUAUUGUAUGACCAGCAAGUAGAGCAGGAGUGCAGUUUGUGCUGCGCGGAGUGGGCGUUUCUCAUGCGGAAUACGCAUCAGAAGGUCCUUCAAAUCUGUGACGCUAGGUCAUGCAUUACAGGCAUCAUGGGUUAUGCAAAAUAUGCAUGACAAACCCGGUCACAGCGGUUAUGCAAAAUAUGCUGCAUAUGCAUUACAGGCGUCACAGCGGUAGGACCCAGAGAGGGCAUUUUGUUCGCCGCAGAGAUGCAGCGGGUGCAGAUCGUGCGGGGACAGCAGAAAGAGUGCAAAGCCAUUCCGGAAAACAGCCCGCCCGAAUUACCAGAGGGCGACCACAUUGCACUCCACACCGCUAUUAGCUGGCAUAGGCCGCAGGCGCCACAGCCGGCACAGAGCGGAGACGCGAGGCAGCCAGGCCGCGGCGAAAGGACGAAGCCGCUUGCCUUCAACGCGCGGCAUUCGGAGCUUAUCCCGACUGAAGGUGAGAGAGAGCGGGUGAAGAUACUGAAAGGACAGAAUGAAUUUGAGGAGCGCCUCCCGUUUUCGGGAGUAAUAUCUUGGCCCAGGGGUACAAAAACGACAGAGGUUCUGGAGCCACUAUUCGAGGGAGCACAGAUGCCCGACAUCGAGCAGGUCGGCCUGGAAGGCAUCCAGAAAUGGGCGCAGGAAGUACUCUUGGACUCCGGUGCGUGCAGCUACGUACCGACUGAGCCGACAGAGGAUAUGAGGCAGCUUUUUGAGCGACAGACACCCGGCCAGCGAGGAGGGAGAACAGAAGGAGCGAGCGGCGCGGACAAAAAGAAAGAAAAGGAGAGAGAGCAUCGGUCAAUGUUCGCGGGGCCGGUAGAUGGAUCGACGCUAGAUAACGUCUACCAGCACGCGAAGCAGGCGAGAGAGCAGGUUCUUGGCGUCCGCCGCGGCGCACCGGCGGAGGAAAUCAAGAAGAUCAACGCCGGCACGGCCACGGCCCCCAGAGAGGUGGUCGGGGUUGAGGAGUGCACGAAAGAAAUCUCCUUGGCUCAUGUUUUCAAAAGCGAGCGAAUCCGGCACGCCGAAGGAGAGCGCCAUACGUUCAGCCCGGAGGAAAUGCCGCGCGCCGUCACGCAGUUGACCGAGGCAGCGAAAGGUCUACCGCCUCUGCGAAUUCCCGCGGCCGAAUUGAGGAGACACAUCAUGAAAAUGAACAAAGAAGCUUCCGGCGCGCGCCGAUGGGGUCCGCUUGUGGGCCUUUGCCGCAAUGACGGACCAGCAGACUUGCCAGCUCGCAGCCGGUUGCGAGGUCUUCUUGCAGAGAAUCGGCCUCGCGGAUUGGAUCCCGGGACAGGAGGACGCAAUUUUGCCGCCGGCGCUGACGGUGCUGCAGGUCGAGAUCCUCCGGAAAGCCUCACAACUUGGCGGGGACAUCUCGAAGCUCCGGACGGUAAUUCGCGGGACACCGGUCUACCGGAUUACGUUGAGCUUCCUUACGCACCGCAUGGCCCGCAUCGCGGACCUCGGGGACGCUUUUACCCCUUCCGGGGCCGCCGGAAAGCCGGCUGCCUCAUGCAUGGCAACCGUUUUAGAAAUCCUGAAGGUCUGCUACGCGGAAGACCUGCAGAACGGCUGCGAAAACAAGGAGCGAGCGGCGGAACUGAGUGAGCAGGAAAAAACGAACGCAGCGAACUGGCUAACGAUCUUGAUAGGAAUUGACGCCAGUAAUUUCUACAAUUGCAUAAGCAUGCCAAGCAUGGUGCGGAGUUUUCGCUGGGCGCGGUUGCGCCCCACCUACAUCAAGCUGGCAAUGCUUUCAAAUUGGCGAAAAACCCUCUUCCUGAGGAACGGGAGUUGCUUCGCAGAGCUCAGCGACCAUCGAGACCUCAUCCAGGGUUCAGUGGAAACGAUGCUCCGUGGCGUCCUGCUCUUUAUGAGAGGAGCCACCGCGGUGGCGCAGUUCGUGGCGGAGUGCUUCGACGCGGCCGGGCGAAUCGAUGAGAAGCGCAUCGACAGCGCGGGGGCGAAGCUCCGCAGAACGCUGCGCGAAGAUUUUGCGGGGGGAGAUGACACCGACGCCACUUUCCCGGACUACAAGCCGGCGGAGGAGGUCCAUGAGCUCUUCCGCGACGAGGAGGGCGCUGGCGGUGCAGAGACGGGAAACAGGACGACGAGGACGCGGAUGACCCGGAGCAAGGAGUACGAGAGGACGAGAGUCAGCCAAAGACUGCCGAUGAGCGAGCGGGAGGAGAAGGCGCCAAGGAAGGCAGCCGUCGUGCAGUUUGUGGAUGAUGGCACCCUCUCCAUCAAAUUGCACAAAGACGACGCCGAAAAACUGCGGAAGCUGCUGAAAAUAGUGGCCACAGCGUACGAAACGAUGUAUGCGUCCGAAGGGCAGUACCUCGCGCCAAAAAAGGCCGCGAUGCUCCUCUCUGCUUCGGCGAUGGACCAGCAGGCGCUAUAUCUCGCAGCCUUCCGCCCCUUCGGAAUUGUCUUCAACUUGAAGGAGUGCACCAAGAUCCUGGGCAUCACGAUCCGGCUCGGCGACAUACGGGACCAGGUUGAUGCAAUUCGCAAGCAGGUCAACAAUUCAGUCUCGUUCGCGCAGCACCUCUGCUAUCGAGUUAUGCGAAGCAAGGGCAAUUUCGUGAUGACAGGCGCGGAUCUUCGGUGGGUGAUCAUUUGCUUCUACAUGUCGCCAAUCAUCUACAUUCUCCCGGUGCUCCGCCUGAUUUUCGCCCAGAGCGACUGGUCCGAGUUACUUAUCGAGAUGGCGACUUCAAUCGCGAAGGUUAUCGGUUUCGAGCGAGAGGUCUGGGAGAGGAUGACCACGAUGCACAAUGUCACGCCGGAGCUUUUCCAUCGACUGAUCUUCAGUGAGAACAUCAUGGGGAUUGUAGACCCGUACGUGCUCGGGAUCAAGCUCCUCCGAGGCGUAGCGCAGAGCGACAUCCUUACCAACAUUGAUGGCUUCGUGACGUGGGCAACGUUCCCGAUCCGCUUCCACGGCGCCGGGCUUGCAGGAAUCGGCGCGGCCGACCGAAAGGCAGCACAGGUAAAGACGACGGCAGACCUGGCAUUAGUUGAGGCUUUGAGCGAGGGAGCAGAAAUCAGGUUGCCAGCGAAGUCUGACCUCCGCCUGUGCGGUUUCAUCCCGGACAGGAGCAGCAAGCCUCCGCCGCCCGAAAAGGUCCCGCGGGCGUGCCACAGUGCGAGCGCGUUUGUGGUGGCAUCGGCGGACGGCAUGGGCGUCCGACUCCUGCAAACAGACACGACGGGGCGGGUUUCGGUACUACGGCAGGUACGAACAAAACGCGAGCACCUGCUCACAGAGGAGAGAGCGGAAGAAAGGCAGUUCGUUGCUUAUCUGAGUGGAUUUCUAUCCCUAAGUCAGCAGACGGAACAAGAGGAGCCAGGAGUGCACUACACCUACAGGCUAUGCGACUACUGGCGACUCCGGGGAAAGACGCGCGGGCCGCUGCGCCGGGGCGAAGGGAUAGCCGUCCACUUCGCCGAGCAAGUCGAGCAGAUGCACUUGAGGGGCCACAGAGUAGAGCGAGCGAACACAAGAACGGCGGAGCAGGUCGCCGAGGCAAGCAGGGAGAUGAGCACAGUGAUGGCGACCAAAGUCAUAGGGCUCAGCAUUGUCAACGCAACGGGGCACGACCACGAGUACACAGACUGGCCCGUCUACGAUUUCGGUGAGCAGGCUUUCGGUUUCCCCCCGCUGCGGGACUGGAAAAAGCGGCGCAGCCUCGCAGCGCGGCGCGAGUACGUCAAAGACUCGCUGCAGUUCCAAGACCUCCAAAACGGCGAAAACACAGAAGACGAGCAUCCGGAUAACGAUCCGGCGGAGGUUGAGAGAGCGGCCGCGCGAUCGCCGGCGCCGAAAGGAAGGGCGAAAGCACAGGCAAAGGCGAGGGAGCAGCCCCCCCAGGAGAGAGCGGCAAAGCCAAAGGCGAAGGCGAAGCAACCAGGCCCGCAACCGAAACAGCAACCAACAGGCGAAACGAGCGCAGGCUGCGGACCCGGGGCCCCCGAGGCGACAGGCGGCCGGCGGAAGGGCGGCGCAGGCGAAACAGAACCCGGCCCCAACAAGGAAAGCAGUGCCGGCGAAGAAGAAGGAGAUCGCGUAGCUUUAGGACGCAGGCUGCUCGUCGAAACAAAAACAGAAGACCUACUAAAAAAAAAAAAAAAAGCAACAGGUAGGACAGUCGGCACGAAGACCGUGAAGUUUAGUUUCUUGCGCAAAAAGAAAAAUAUAAAAAACAGCACAAGGCGCGUGCGGAGGACACAAGGCGAUCACGCGGGCGGCGUGUUCAUCCAGGCGGGCGGAGAAGAGCCAGGAAUGGCUGAGAGAAAAAGAAAGAAAAAUGGCUACUCAGCAGCCACAUGCCCCCCCCUAGUUCCUUUGCACUCCGGGCGCGAGGCCCGCCAGGGUUUUCGCCGCUCGUGUAUUGUCUCCCACGCCGCGACAGGGCUCGCGGAACGAAGCCCGACGGGACCCGGCCCGGAAAGAAAAACUAGCAAAAGCCAAAAAGAACAAACCGCCGGGGGCCUUAUGCCACCCACCUUCGGCACGCCAGAAGGCCACAAGCCCAGCAAUUCCAAAAGAGCCGGCAGUGGUAGCAGUGCACUACCUAGAUACUAAUUAGCUUAGACGGGUCUUAGCGCAAAGAAAGAGGGGCAAGUCCAAGAGGCUUUUGCAUGGGGUCCACUGGUCACCGUUUCGCGCGAGCCAUUCGGUGGACGACUGACCCCGCCCCAUUUAAAUAGCCGCUAUGCGGGAGUUUUGUAAAAACUGGACUUCGUCCGUCUCCGGGUGGCGUGCCCGGGGUUCAGUCUAAAUAAAUUUGCCCGGGAAAAUACCACGCAGCGGAGCAAUCAGGCCUACUCGUAGGCCAGUCGGGGUCUAUCCUUUCUCCACGUCGUCACGUGUGGUUAUUGGGUUUUGUUGGCGUAUGUCAGGGGAUUCCUGUCUUUGGCAUUUCACGACUCUUCCCAUGGGUUCACUUCGAUGAUUGCUGCCGGGGACGUUCUUAUGCAGUCAGCUGGAUGACUGUGACCUGGCUCGUACUGUGAACGCAGCUGGAUGACUGUGACCUGGCUCGUCUUCGAUGGGCAGGCGGAUGACUGUGACCUGUCUCGCCCAUCAAGAUCCCUAAUCCGUAGCUCCUAGACGUUGCCUGGCCCGCGAAUGACUCCACGGCAGCCGGAUGUCCGUGACCUGGUUAUAAAGGGCUUCGUCGAUCGAUUGUGCCACUAGGGCCUUGUGUUCCGGCUACUCCGGAUCGCAAUCGAUGGAGGGCGGGACCUGCACCGGCGACAGGCGCUAUCCAACCAACCAACCAACCAAACCUGGUAAUCUUCCAGACCCAGACAUUUUUGCAUUUGAUACUUCCGGCAAGAGUACUAAAGGUAGUAAGAGCAGCUCCUCCGGCGCUGCGUCGUCUGAUGAAGCGGCGUAUCAACGGGAAAAAUGUCUGGGUCUGGAAGAAUCCAACUUGUCAUGCUGAUUUUGGAUUUUAGAAAAAUCUGUAUUGCAUGAGCAGCAAAGAGACUCCAAGUUUUGCUACACGGACAGGGCAUAAUUUGUCAUGCGGUAUAGGCAUCAGGAAGCCCUCACAAAAUCUGUGAUGCUAGGGCAUGCAUCACAGACAUCAGGAGUCAUGCAAAAUGUGCAUGACAAGCCUGGCAAUCUUCCAGACCCAGACACUUUUACAUUUGAUACGGCGAACAAGAAAACGCAGGAACAGACGGAGUUGGAGAAAAUGUUGGACAAGGAAAUAGAGGAAAUGCAGACGAGGCUGAAGGAGAAGCAAGCGCAGAAGGAGCAAGCGCAAAAGGAAAAGGAGAAGGAGACGAACCAACAUUCUACUUCUGCGGCAGUGCUGGCAAAUGAACAACAAGUGUCGGCAGCACCGGUCGUCGCGUCGUCGUCCGUCAGUAGACCGAUGA